GCUUGCUUGACAGUUGGAACUGUGCCUGCAUAUUCAUUGAAACGCCAUGACGUUUUUGUUCAUUGUUUCGUCAGACUUGGUUGCAGUAGGACGUUUCGUGAAGAAGCGAACUAAUUUAUUAUUUUCUCUUGGCUGUGUCCCCCCCCUGAACAAGGUAGUUUUCUUAUAAUCUAUUUCCGAAGACCAUCAUUCGGGUGAAAACAUCCGCACCAGACAAACGCACCGAAACCGAGGAAAUUGUGUGUCUGUGUGUUUACGGACAAGUCCUUUGUGAACCAGGGGGCCACAAAAUACGACAUUAGAAAUGAACCACAAUCGGGUUAUUUCACAUUGGGAGGAAAGGGAACAAAACGGCACGCUGACACCGGAGGUGAUAGUUUUCUAUUUACAAAACAUUGCUGGAAGUUUCGUGACAUCGCCGGCACUAAAAUCGGAAGACGCGGCCGACCAGCUACCGGAACAGCAACAUGAAGGGGAGGACGCGCACGGCAGUAAUGCCUUCCUGAUAGGGAACGCGCUUUUCAACGAACCCGGCGCUAGAGCGGCCACCGUCUCGGUUAUAGAACGGUUCGUCUGUGGACCGAAUCCGGAUGAAUUUCUGGAACAAAUCAAACAGACCGACACCGUAUCGUCCGUGUGCGGACGCGUGUUUAAAAUCGGCGAACCAACUUACAGCUGUCGCGAAUGUAGUAUGGAUCCAACAUGUGUGCUGUGCUCGACAUGUUUCAAAAAGUCAGUGCAUCGUACGCAUAAAUACAAAAUGGCCACUUCCGGUGGCGGUGGUUGCUGUGAUUGUGGCGAUGUAGAAGCUUGGAAGAAAUUUCCCUUUUGUGAGGAACAUGCCAGCAUUUCCGAUGAUAAGGCACAAGGCGAACAGCAGCAGGUGCCGUUAUCGGAUGACAAAAAGACGCGCUGCGGGAUCGCGUUUCGUGCCAUACUGGACUACUGCAUGCAGACGUUGCAAAUGUACGGCACCGGUAACCUUCCCGAAUGGGAGGAUGACGAAAAUACACACUGUACGAUUCUAUACAACGACGAAACGCACACGUUUGAGCAGGUUAUCCAAACGUUAACGUCAAUAGUGAAAUGCGAGCAUAAAACAGCGAUCGAAUACGUGACCAGUAUUGACCGUGAAGGGCGCGCAGUGGUGAAAUGCGCCUCGUUUGAGGUGUGCAAAAAGCUGAAGGAGGAUAUCGAAAAUAAGGCGAUGCGUUCGUCCGCAUUGCAUAGCCGAACGCUUCCGUUGAAGGUGACGGUUAUGCAUCGUAACGAAGUCGCCUGUCAGCAUCUGGCAAUGCAAAUGCUUUCAUGGUUUCAGGAGUUUCUGACCAAACAUUCGUCGUUCCGUAGUAUUUUUGCUGACACGAUCACGAAACCGCAGGAGGCGUACAAUCUGAAGUUCAUCCUCAGCAACGAUCACAACCUGUGGAAGUCGGCAAGAACCUCCUGGCACCGGUUGCUCAUCUCGGGCAUGCUGAUGGACUACGACAACAAAAAGCAGCUAGCGAUCACGUUUACGAAACUGUACGCCUCGCUGAUGCAAGAUUUUAUCCGCGACGAUCACUACCAUUCGUUCUCGAUCGUUUCGCUGAGCGUGCAGCUGUUUACCGUACCGACGAUUGCGCACUAUCUGAUCGAGAAGGAAUCGGCCUUCUUCAAGCUGAUGCACACAUAUUUCUCCGAAGCGAUCGAUAAGUAUGUGAAAAACCGGCAGCUGGUGUUUGUGAAAAACACCUCCACACUGAACGCGUUCAAGCGGGCCGGAUACAUACUGAUCGAUUUGAAGUAUCUGCUAAGCUUCAAGCCGGACAAAUGGACGAACGAGUUGCGUACCGGGUUUUUGCACGGUUUGCAGCAGCUGAUACGUUUGCUAAAGUUUAUGCAGGGCAUGGAUGCGGCGACGCGCCAGGUUGGCCAGCAUCUCGAGUACGAGCAGGAGUGGGAAACGGCUUUCACGCUACAUCUGAAGCUGUCGCACCUGAUAACGCUCGUGCUGGAAUGGUGCGCCACCGAUCGUAUCGUGCUGGGCAAAGUGUUUCGCAUGGUAAUGUCGUCGCUGAACGAAACGAAAUUUAUUGCGCAAGAAUCCGAAACGGUUGUACGGUGUGCGGCGAAUCAUAGUGCCACCUGCUUGACGUACGACGUCCUAUCGCGUCCGGUUUCGGUACAUCUACCGCUGACCCGUUUCCUUGCCGGACUGUAUACCGUGUUUGAACGGCACGAUUUUACGUUCGCGACGUUCGUUUCGAACACGUCCGACUAUCCGACGCCGGAACAGAUCAUUGAGCCGGUACUGUGCGCCCGCACGAUGAUGUCGCAGGUACACGCGGGCAUGUGGCGCCGUAACGGGUACGCACUGAUCAAUCAGCUGUUUUUCUACCGCAACGUCAAGUGCCGGUACGAGAUGCUCGAUCGCGAUAUCGUCAUCCUGCAGAUCGGUGCCUCACUGAUCGAGGCAAACGAGUUCAUCAUCCACGUGCUGAACAAGUACAAGCUGCUCGAGUGGCUCGAAAAGGAUCUGCAGGAAAGGCCGCGCGGUACGGAAGCAACCGGUGGUGAUGAUGAUUACAUCCGCCAAACCGGUGUACUGAUCGAGGAGUUUCUCGAGCUGCUGAUCGCGGUGAUCGGCGAACGGUACGUGCCCGGUGUCGGCGAUGUGACGGAAAGCGACCGAAUUAAGAAAGAAAUCGUACAGCAGCUGUGCAUCAAGCCGCACUCGCACUCGGAGCUGAGUCGGGCGCUAAACGAAGAUAACUGUAGCGAAAUCAUGUUCGAGUCCGUGAUCGACGAUGUGGCCGUGUUCGAGAAGCCGAAUGCCGCGGAAAAGCGGGGCAUGUACAUACUGAAGCAGGAAUACUACAGCUGGUACAAUCUCUACUUCUAUCACUACACAAAGGAGGAUAAGUCCAAAUCGGAGGAACGGCAACGAAUACAGAAGAAGGAAAAGAACGAACUGGUUUGCUGUCCGCCACCCUUCCUACCAAAGUUGACCCAAUUGUUUAAUAAUAUUCCAAAUCUACUGCAUUGUGACGUGAUGCUCAAAAUUAUUAAUGUUAUAUUAAGCCGUGCGCUUGAUUUAAAUUCAAUGACCUUCACCGAAGGACAACUGCAACGAGUGCUACACCUGAUAGGAUAUGCCAUUCAGGAGGAGGAGUCCGGUAACUAUCCAUUCAUGCAGUUCUACGAAAGAAGUCAAAUCAUCAAGCUUUUGCCGCUGCUGGAAGAUCUUUCCAAGAGUCCAAGGGUUGAAUCACUGCGGGAUCUGUUACGCUGGACAAUACAGAGCUACAAAGCGAUGGAGGCAAAACGUCUCAGCCUGAUACAGGGUGAGAUAGAUCGGGCCGAAUCGAGUGGUAGCGGCCUAUCGUCCGUUGAUGCGGAUCGCCUAGAAAAGGAGGAGCGUGCCAAGCUGGCGGCAAAACGACGUGCCCAGGUAAUGGCACAGAUGCAGAAGGCACAGCAAAUGUUUAUGACCACACAUCCGGAUAUGUUUACGAACGAGGGUGAGGAAGCGGCCGAACCGAAGGAAGGGGAACCGGCGGUAGAAGCGGAUAUGGAUUGGCAGACGACGAGCGCAACGUUGGUAGCGCUCGGACCGAAACGGACCCCAAUACGGCCGGCCGAUACGGCGGCGCUGCAGUACUCGUGCAUCCUCUGCUCGGAGAAAACCGUACUCGGUACGUACGAAUCCGUCAGCAUGGUGUACGCAGCAUUCGUGCAGCGUUCGAGCGUGUUGUCGCGUUACACGCAGACGGACGAACGGGGCAUACUGCAGCUGAUCGAAACGGGUACGCAUCCAUCGCCGCAUCUGACCACGUGUGGGCACGUGAUGCAUUCGACUUGUUUCGAUAAGUACUUUAACAAUGAGGUCAUUAAGGAAAAUCGGCGCCCGUACCGUAACCGUGCCCCGAUUCUGUUUGACAUCGAGAAGAAUGAAUUUCUCUGCCCGUUGUGUCGUUUUCUGAGCAACUGUCUGUUGCCAUUGUUACCGCCGCAUGAGACGAUCACCAGCAGCGCUAAGGCACGGGUGGAUGCGGCAGUGAAGGCGGCUGGUUUCAACGAAAUACCGGAGCUGCCGGUGACCCAUCCGAAUGAGUUUAAUUUUUCACUCUGGUAUUCGUUCACAUCGGAUUUUAUGCGCAACGCGCUGGACCGUGUUGAACAGGCGGAACAUAAUUAUGUGGAGUUGCGGCGUGCGAUCCGUCGGGAGCGGCGUGCCUACGACCGUACGACGAGUUUCCGCGACCAGGAACAACAACCGAUGAGCCUUGAUCAGGAAGCGCCUGCUAACAAUGAGGAACAGCAGCAACCGGCUCAAGGGGAGCAACCACAACCAACCGUUCCGGCGAAUGAAACACCGGCCGUACCACAACCGCAAGGCGAGGAACAAGCCCCACCACCGCCACAGCAACAGGACGCACCGCAACCGCAAGGCGAAGAACAAGCGGAACAGCAGACGGACGAUGAUUCACUCGAUGGGUACGAAACGAAUGAUCUCCCAUCGACGGACGAUGACGUGAACUACAGUGAUGAGGAUAUGGAUUGGAUUCGGGUACCACCGGCCCAGCUAACCACAUCCGUGCUGAAGGAGGUGGAACCGAAGCACGGUGUACGUUUGCGCUACUACGGCACGUUGCGCGAUCCACCGUUAAUUGGUCGGCUGUUCGAUCGCACGAUCAAGUAUGCGCUACUAACGUUCGCAAAGAAUGUGCGCAGCUUCACAACCGUACCGUACAAGGCGAAACGCUUUGCCGAAUAUCUCGCACCGUGGGUAACGCUUUCGUACACGAUCAAAUCGAUCGAGAUGCAGCUGCGCGUACUACAGCGUCCACUUGGUAGUGAACUGUCCAUCCGCUACUCCACCUGUCUGAGUGGGCUGGUGCGGGCAGCCUGCGCUAUGGGUCCGCUAGUACCGACGGUACUGGUGCAGCAUCGCAUGCUACUAUUUAUGGCCGACAUAUACGAAACACUGUUCGGGCACAAACCGUCCCAAUCGUUCUUCGAUUGGGAUCUGUUCGGGUUGCUUAACACCUGCCUGUUCACGACACGCUCCGUUGUUUAUAGCUUUGUACGUCAGCAACGCAUCCCCAAGGGUGACGCACUGGAUCAUUCAAUAGUGCUUGCCAUCUUUAUGGUGAAUAUGCUGCGCACGAUCAUAACGUCCGUCACCGGCAUUGAUCCACCGAUGGUAUCCGACCCGGAACAUCAGCCGAACGAACAACCGAACGUGGACGAUACCAUUACGCUUACGGAUGCUGAGCGUAAUUUACUGCUGCUGUAUCAACAGUACAACAUCCAUCAGCCACACCCGGACGAGAAGGCGGAAACCAUCAGCCGUAGCACGGUUGCGGAACAGAAGCGGCUCUGCCAGCUGCUGAUAAACGAUAUCAAAUCGCAAAGCUAUACGCUGCUGCGGUGCUGCUGUUUGCUGUUUCACGGCAUUACCGAUAUCGAGCUGCCCCAGUGUACGGAUGUGCCGGAGCACGAUUACCAUCCGAUGAUGACGUAUCUCGACCUGCAGGAGGAUCCGCUCGUUUACCUAAACACCGGUCAGCAGACGUACGAAAUGAUCGAACGGUUGGCGUUCUGCAACUCGGAUCAAAUCAAUCGGAUGCGCUAUGCGCGGCAGGCCCAGCUGCUCGGUGAACCGAGGGCCCUGUUUCAGGCGGCACCACCCGUCCGCCGGUUGAUCGAUCUGCCGGAAGAUUAUAGCGAUCUGAUUAACAGCGUAUCGCUGUUUACCUGUCCGAACAACAUACGGGACGAUUCGCGCAACCCGACCAUGUGUUUGGUGUGUGGCGUCAUACUUUGCUCCCAGUCGUUCUGCUGCCAGAAGGAGCUGGAAAACAGUUCGGUCGGUUCGUGCACGUACCAUACGGCGGAGUGUGGUGCCGGUAUUGGGAUCUUCCUGCGCAUACGCGAUGCCGAAAUAUUGCUGCUCGGUAUCAACAAGGGUUGCUUCAUUCCGGCACCGUACGUCGAUGAGUACGGUGAAACGGACCAAGGGUUGCGGCGUGGCAAUCCGCUCCGUCUCUGCAAGGAACGGUACCAGAAGGUGUAUCUCAUCUGGCUCAAGCACGAUCUGCACGAGGAGAUAACGCGGCGUAACGAGGCACAGCAAACCUUAUUUGCUACCCAGUGGCAGAACCUUUAAAAGGGAGGGAACAGGAUCAUCGGUCCUCUCUCGCCGCUGUGGACGCUGGAAGAUUGGCAGUAAACUUAUUUUUUAUUCGUUUUUUUUUUAUUUUGUAUCCUGUGAAACAAUGAAGAAGAAUGGAAGAAAAAAAAAACACAGAAUCACGCGGUGUUAUUUAACGCACACCCCCUGAAACAGCAGGGUUCUCGAGAUGAACCGGCGAUUGUGUAACCGGUAUGUGUGUUAAUAUGUGUGUGUGUGUGCGUGUCUUAUGUACAUUUGCAUGUAUAUAUUUUAGUAAUGGCGAAAACCCCGAAAUACGGCGAAAUAUGGCUACCUUUGAAAAAAAAAAAAACAGAAA